AUGUCCUUCGUCGACCUUCUGUUCCCCCAGGCCGAGCUUGAGGCUCUAGGCAACAGGUGGCACGAGCCCGCCCCCAAGAGGAGGAAGCUCGACCUGGAGGCCGGUCCAAGACGCGAGCAAGGGCCUAAGCAAAAUCGAACAGCGGCACCAGCAGGUCCGGAGACAGACCGCCAUCGGCGUUUUACAACAUCAUGCUCUCAACCUAGGCGACUGUCUAGCAAAUCCCACGGCGGCACUGUCAAGCGCUCCAACUCUGACUCCAGGCCUGCCGUGGUCGUUUCAAGGAAAGCGACGUCGCCUUCAGCAGACAGCACAACAACCACCACCUCGGCAGCGAUGUCGUUUCUCCCCAGCUUCAUCGAGCCAUCCAUCUUGCAGAACUACCUGCAACAUCUCCAUCCUAGGGAUCGUCCGCGCUAUUCACUGCCGAACAGCCCCAAACCCGACACUCAAUCCCCAUCUCAAGAAGAGACUCACCCAAUUCACUCCCACCAACAACGACAUGACGAGGAUGACGAGUCUUCGCCCGGCGCUCUGACUGCUGACACUCGGUCUCCUACCCCUUCCAGCGACUGCUACCCAACUCCGUCUGCGGGAAUAUUUGAGCAGUUGCACUGUGGCCCGUUCAGUGGUCUGAUUCAGGGACUGCGAUUCACAGAGCAUGAACGAGACAUGGUGAACGAUCUCCUCAACCCAGAUGGACCCAUGCAUCUGAUGCCAGACGAAUUCCCCAACACCAAAUUGAAGCUUGAGGGCGAGCAGGUGAACGCCCUGCACGAUUUCUACCCAGCCGAUGAAGGGUUCCUUCACAAGAUAUCCCCGCUUGCAGGCGAGCGACUGGCGUUUGAAGUGGAGCAGGACUUGAAGGGUUCAGCAAAAGUCAAGGAGGCUGAGGACAACGACGUUCAUUCUUCGGGGCUCAGUCCGGCGGAGGAGAAGGGACAGGGAGAGAACAAGUCUCCGGCAGGGAUAAUAAUGUACGACUACAGCGCUCUGAGCGACGAUGAUGACGGUGAAUUGUUUGAUUACGAACAAGCUGCUGGGCCACCUCUGGCGACGCCAUGA